UUCCCCGCCUCCUUGUUUCCCUCCCUCCCUCUCUCUCUCUCAACUGCGUGAAAAUCCACCCGCGGUGUCACAGUCAAUUAGUUUUCCUCCUCUUCUCGUUCGUAAUCUCUUUUCAUUCUAUACUCCCUCCAGAAUCAUCUCGCUUCGGAGUUCGGACCAAAUUUGGUACCUAUCACUCCGAGAUCCCUGUGUUGCUCACUCAUCGAAAGCUUCUUGGUCGUGGGUAGCGCGGAUCGGUUGGCGAGGGGCGAAAUUGGGCAAGCCCAUCGGAAGAGACUUUCUUUUCCUCAAAGGAACGGAUUCGUCCAGCCUGGUCCAGAGCUCAGAGUUAUACCGCCUUCCUCAACCCUCAAUCUAGCAACGACAACGAAGCUUCUUUCCUUCGUCGCGGCGAUGAAUUGUUCCCCCCUUCACGUUUCCAAUCUCUUUUGGUUGUUAUAAUUGUCAUCGGGUAUGGAGGGGAUAGAAAGCACUAACUAUGAGUUGCUUUCAAGAAUUGCACAACUUGAACAUGGUCAAGAUCCGCUAAACAAGUUCAAGCUGGUAUAUGGUUUUCCAUUUAUCAAGGUAGGUAGAAAAUGAAAAACCUCCUGAGGUAUGGAUCCCUGACUUGGAUCAUAAGUUCAAGUAUCUUCCAAAAGCAUGAAGUCACUGAACAAGUAAGUAUGUGGAUCUUGUAUGCAAUCAUUAUUGACAAGUCACUGAACAAGUAAGUAUGUGGAUCUUGUAUGCAAUCAUUAUUGACUAUGCAUCAAACUAGAAAAACAACCUUCUAUUGAUCUUAUGUUCAUAUAUAUUUGCCAUUGAGGAGGGUAUAGUGUCUGAUUUAUUCCAUAUCUUCAUAUAAGAAUUAAGAAACAAUAACUUCUUUUAACGCCACCAAUUAUAUUCUAAUUUUUGAAAAAGAUAACCCUUCAAAGAAGAGGAGAAAAAUCAUUCGAGGGGUUAUGAUUGCAAAAUGAUGAGUAAUAGAUAACAUGGUGGGCACUUCUUGCUUGGAUUGGAUAUAAUUGCACGGUGCAGUAGGUUGACUUCAGCAAUUUGUUGAUAUAAUGAAUUGCUUACCAGAUGGCAUUUGGAUUAGAAGCUUAUGAGAGAAAAAGAAUAGAGGUACAAAUAAUCUACUCUUAAGCAGAAGAUAAGAGGGAGAAAGAAAAGAAGAAAGACAAGAAUAUUAUGCAGAAAAUGGCUUCGUGAAGCAGAAGAUACUAAAAUAGGAGAAAUUAGACAUGCUGAAUAAAUAGCUAGCAUAGCAUGAGAUCUGUUCCCCACCGUGGUGUAUACUCAUACUUGAUUCUAUCAUCAAUAUCUUAUCCUAGUUAUUCCCUAUAUGUUGUGAUCAGGCUUGAAUGAUGAAUUUCCAGUCAUGACAUUGACAUCAGAUUCCAUGUUUAGAUGAUCUCAAAUGUGAUUAAAGAAAAGUGCUGCUUCUUGCAACAUCAUGAGAUUAAAAAAAAUUCCUCCUAAACGAGUGAGGCUAUGAAUUUUCUCACUGAACUUGCAACCUUUUGCUAAUACCUUUCUUCUGCAGAGAGGGACGCACUUCAGAAGGACAUUGAACAGUUGUGCAUGCAGCAAGCUGGUCCUGCAUACCUUGUUGUGGCAACCCGAAUGCAUUUUCAGAGGACGACCUUGUUGGAGCAGGAGAUUGAAAAUCUAAAGAAAAAAUUAUCUGCAUGCAUGAGAGAGAAUGUUAAUCUUCAGGAGGAGCUUUCAGAAACUUACCAUGUCAAGGCUCAAUUAGCUGAAUUGCACAGUCAAGAAGUCUCAAAGAACAAAGAUGCUGAAAAACAAGUUAAAUUUUUCCAAAAUUGCAUGGCUGCUGCAUUUGCUGAAAGGGAUCAGUCCCUUUUGGAGGCAGAGAAGGCAAAAGAGAGUGAGGAAGAUAUGUUUAUUAGGAUGAAUGACAUGCAAAUAAGGUUUGAGGUAUUGACAAAAAAUUUUGCCGAACAGAAGGCUCAGAAUGAUGAACUACAAAGGGAGUUGGCAAAGCUGAGAGAAAGCAUGAGGUUGGAGAAGGAAUCAUUGGAGAGGGAGUUGUUGGCAUUGAAAGCCUCAAACCUUGCUCUUCAGGAGUAUGAGAAUCAAGUGGUUGCAUUGAGAACGUCAAACCUUCUUCUGCAUGACAAACUCUGUGAGAGUUUCAGAACCGAGGAGCUUUUGAAGAAGGAGGUUCACAUAUUGAAAAAAAAAAAUUACCACUUGGAAGAUGCUGUGCACAAAGGCCUUAAGGUUCUUCAUCAAGUUCACAGUGAAAUGAGAAAUGAAGUUGUGGCUUUGUUGGACGAAUGGAGAACUGUAAUUUCAUCAGUAGUUUGUUCCUUUCAAGAAAUUUUUCAGUCAAACGUGCAUAGGCAGUCGAGCAGACCAGAAUGCGAUGAGCCUGAGUGCAAGGACGUCCACAUAACCACUUGUGCUGAUGUUUGUAAUACGCCAAAGGAAGUCAUCUCUCCCUCAAUCAUGGUUUGUUCCAAAGGUUCUGAUGAUGAGCAUAAAGCAUUAGCUCAGGCAAUGCAAGAGAAGGUGGAUGCACUGUUACUUUUGUCACAGCAGGAGGAGCUCUAUUUAUUACAGAAGAAUGUCCAAACAGCUCUAGAGAAAAAGUGUGAUGAUCUUCAAGCGACCUUGGCUCAAGUUACCAAUGAAAAGGUGAAGGCCCUUGUGGAGCUAGCACAACUAAGACAUGAAUUUCAACAACUGCAAGAAACUAUCCGUGAUGGACAUAGACAAGGCCAUGCCUUUGACAAAGAGGGGAAAAUUAGAAGUAUGUUCAGGAGAUCGUACUUGAAACAGUGGAUAGGUUUGUCAGAUGGCCAGGGAAAUAGCACUAUCACUAAUGCAAAUAACAGAGACAACCGUUCAUCCACCACUUCCAGCUACAGUUUGAAUCUUGCUACGUUGAAAGUUGAAAAUGCAAGGCUUCAAGAAAGCAUCACUAGUAUGGAGCACAUCACAUCUUGCAUACACAAGCUUCGCCUCUCGUUGAUGAAGGCUCUAGAGGUUGAAGUGUCUAAGAUGGACAGCGGCUUGUUGGAGAACCUGGAUGGCAUCAUCUUUGAGGCAAAUCUUAUUAAGACAGCCCUUGGAAGUUCCCUUCCUGUUAGUUGGUCAGCCGAGGCUGACAAUGGAUCACCCAAUGGACCUGCUGCAGAUGAUUUGGGUGGCAAUGACGAUGUAGACUGUGUCUCUGCUGCUGGAUUUGAAAUGGUGGAGCUUCUUCUAGUGGCAGCUCAGCUUAAGAAGGCAUCUCUAGUUCAAAAGAAUUUGACAGGAAGCUUAACCAUUUGAAUAGGAUUAAAGACCAGAUCAUCUCACCAGUUCAAAUUUACAACUUUCACUAGUAUGGCAGAAGUCGCUCAAGUUUGAAUUGUAAAUUCCUCAUUUCUUUGUAUUAUGUGUAAAUAGAUUGGAGAGGUUUCUCCUCCUGCUAAUUUAUUCUUUUGUGCCAUAAAAAUUAUUUUUAAUCGAUCCAUCGACUUUUUGUUACCUUUA